CAUUUCUUGCAGCCCCACCCUUAGCGUUUGAAAUACAAAUGCAAAAUCCAAACAAGUAGGGAGAGGGAGAGGGAGAGGGAGAAUCCAGGAUCUACAUACCCCAUUUCUCUCAGCAGAACCAAUCAUGCCAUCAGGUUCAAAGAAGAGAAAAGCUGCAAAGAAAAAGAAGGAAAAGGACGCCAACAACUCCACAACUCACUCUCAUGGAGAUGAAGAUCUGAAAGUCCAUGAUGAGAAAGAGAGUGAUGGAGGAGAGGGUAACUCUCCUGCAUCACAGGACCACCAUAACCACCAGCAUCGAUUUACUGAGGGAGAAGAGGAGGGGAUGGAGCAGAGAGAGGACAUUUCAUCUGUUAGAUCAAUGGUCACCGAGAAUGAAUCCAUGGUAGGAGUUAACAGCAAUGGAGACAGUACAGAGGAAGUGGCGAUGAAGGAGAACAAUGCUCAAAUUGAUUGGGAGUUGAAGCAUGAGGCUGAUUCUGACAGCAAGAACGGUAGUAUUGAGUAUGUUGAGUCUGUGAAGGAAUCACAUGGUGGACGAAUGUCUCAUGAUGGUGGGAGGUCCAGCAGCAGCAGCAGUAGUUCGGACGAUGAGUCUCAUGUUGUUGAUAAAAACAUAGUGGUGAUAGAAUACAGGGAAUCAAAAGAGAAUGCUCUUAAUUCGGUUGCAGAAUCGGAUGCUUUUGAGGAUGUAGUAAAAAUAGCUGGUUUGCCUGAAAUAACUCCUGUUACUGAUGGUGUUUUGGUUAUUGAGGAUUAUAAUUUGGCUGUGGAUGAGCCAAAAGAAGAGGCAUAUGAUACCCCUUCUGUAAAUUUAGUCAGGCCAGCUGAUUUGCCGGAAGUAACUGAAGUUACUGAUAGUGUUCUGGUUAUGGAUGCUUAUAAUUUGGCUGCGGAUGAGCCAAAAGAACAGUCAUAUGAUGCCCCUUCUGUAAAUUUAGUCAAGCCUGUUGAUUUGCCGGAAGUUGCUCAACUUAAAGAUGAUGUUCCGGUUAUUGAGGCUUACAGUUUGGUUGUUGGGAAGUUGACAGAGGAAACCUAUAAUUCAGUUGUGGAAACUAUCCCUGUUGUUGGGUCAGAGAAUGUAUCUAAAGAGGUGGUUCGUGCAAAUGAUAGUUCGACAGUGGAGAGUGCUAUAUGUUCUAAUUUGCUUGAAUUGGGGUUGAAGGAAAAUCGAAAAAAUGAGACUUUAGGGGUUUUACCAGUUGUGAUGGAUAUGGGAUCACAACCAAAGAAGGAUAAAGUGAUUUCGACAGCAGUUGAGAGUUCUGCAGUUUCUUCUGUUGCAACGGCCUCUUCAGCACGAGUGGAUGAAGACAAACUGUUUCCGUCAUCCAGUGUUCCAGCAGUUGAUAAUAGUAAUGGUGCAGACCUUAUAAAAGAUUCUGUGAUUAUUACUGAAGCCUCUGAUAGCCAGCCUUUGGUAGCGUCGGCCCCACGACCAGUGCAAACACCAUUCUGGAAGAGUUGUUGUGGACUGUUGGAGGUGUUUGCAAGCUCCAAUAGAUAAUUACAGAGGUGACUUGUUGGAUAGUUACCGGGGAAAGACAGGCAGAGCGCAUAAGGCAAUUGUACUUGAAAACAAUAUUAAGACAGGACAUUGCAUUCUUCGACACUGAAACUACCACCGGAGAGGUCAUUGGUAGAA